AUGUACGGUUUAAAUGUUCGCCAGAGAAAAUGUUGCUCUCUCGUCAAGAAAUUAGGUAAUUUCUGUGGAAGCGUCGUGGUAAAAAAUCCGAGUACAUUGAAAAAUGUUACUACUACACCAAUCGUUGAUUUACCAUCGUCAAUCUAUACUAAUAUAACUGAAAAACCUCUUUCUACUAGUGAUAUAAAGCAAGACGAGUCCAAUGAAGAAAAUUCAACGGAGAAAACACCAAGUGAGUCACCUUCGGAUGACAAAAACGAAGAGACGGAUACUCCAGUUGUUCCAAAAACACAUAUCGGACAUCUCGAAAACGAACGCGUGAUCUUAUAUGUUUACGGGAAGUAUCUAACUUCAGAUACAAAGUCAAAUGUCGUCUUAAUCACGAUUCUGACUACAACAGUUAUAGCUUCAGUUGCUCUUGUUGGGUUUCAAGCAUGUUUCUUAGCUAAUGUAACAGUUUAUGAUGAUGGACCCUGUCGAACUUAUGGUAUUAUGGACUGUUUUUAUGGCUCGAAUCACACUUAUUUUCAAUGUACUCCUGACAAGUCGAUCAGUUUAUCGUAUUUUAAAUCAGCUACAUGUUUUCGUUGGAUUGGACGUCUACCAGAUGCCUUAGGAGCCGUCGCCCAAGUUUUCAUACGUUUUCUCCUCUUUGUAUUUCAACAACGUCUCGGUGUGGCAACAGGCAUCCAUCGUGUAAUGGAAAAAACAGUUGGAGUCUAUCGAGUCACUCGACCAUGUCGCUGUUGUGGUCAUCGACUUUGUUUCCAUUUUGGAGUUCUUAAUCUACAGUUAUACGAACGUCCAUGA